AUGGACUGGCGUGAGGAUCUGGACUUCGAGAUCGGGUGGACGCGCAACAACCUGAGGAUCCUUGGGAUCUGGCCCGAUUCUGGGAGGCCCGGGAAGGAUUCCUUAUUCUACCGCUACAAGUUCCUGAUUCCAUCGAUGCUGAUGCUAAUCUACAUAAUUUUGCCGCAAACAUUGUACCUGUUUUUCGCCUGGGGCGAUUUAGAGCACUGCGUGGAUGCGCUCCUCACGGCAGACGUUCCUAUACUAACGGCGCUCAUCAAAUUUCUGUCUUUUUCUUACCAUCGAGAAGCCAUAAACUCCAUCGUUUCUUUCGUGACGGAGGACUGGAAGCGGCCGAAGUCGAGAGAAGAACGAGAAACGAUGAUGAGGAACGCGAAGAUCGCUCGAGGGAUCUCUCUGAGGAUCUCCAUACUUCUGUACUUGGCAAUGGCAGCACACGUAGCUUCCCAUAUCGCGACCGAAGUUCGACGAAGACUGUCAAAUGACACAAAUUUGGAGCCUCAAGUGCUGCUUCGAGGAUAUUAUCCGUUCGACACGAAGAAGAGCCCGAAUUAUGAACUCCUUUCCUUCAUGCAGCUCAUCUCCGGCAUUGGAGGUGCAUUGUCAUAUUCGAACGUUGACAGCUUCGUCGGUGCCACGAUUCUCCACGUUUGCGCCCAAUUUUCGAACCUUCGAUUCUUGGCAGCCAAAAUGUUGAGGAAGGCCGAAAAACAAGAGCCCUUGGAAUUUCGUAAAACGUUGCGCAUCAUCGUCGAAAGACAUACCAGCCUCACUUGGGUCACUCUCGUCAUCGAGGAAUGCUUCAAUAAGAUGUUCCUCGCUCAAACUGUGUCAACCGGAGAAAAGGAAACGCUCGUUUUACGAUCGAUUUUUUUUAUCGUCUUUACGGGGGCCAUGCUCGUCCAUUUUUUCGUGUACUGCUACGUGGGAGAAAUGCUUUACGGACAGAGUGCUGGAUUGUGCGAUACUCUGUACGAAAGUAAUUGGUACGAAAUGCCGCCUGAAAAUAUUCGCGAUUUAAUGGUGAUCAUGGUAGCGACAAAAAAACCGAUUUACAUAACCGCAGGGAAAUUCUUUCCAUUCCUCUUCGACACGUUCACUAACGUGCUCAAAUCAUCGAUGGGAUAUCUAUCGGUUCUGGUCGCGAUGAGAGAUCGAUUGGUGGAGGCUUAAAGUUUGAGAAUUCCGCGGAAAUGUUACCAAGUAUUGUUAUGUAAUCAUGUAAGACCAG